UUCUCACAUGCAAAGGAUGUUUUCCCCUCUUCAUACUUUUCAUUUUUAAGAUUCUCAAAAAUGCAAAAAAAAAAACAGAUGAAUAAAUAACUGAAAAUAUAUAUACAAACCUUAAGAAAUGCUUAGUAAAAUUUAAAAUUUUUCUUUCAAAAAAUUAUUUCAUUUUAAUGUUUGUAAAUAUGAACUGCAAUCUUUAUCCAGCUUAAUCCCUCAUAAUUCUACGCUUUUACAGUUAAAGAAGUUGGUUAAAGUCUGAUAUGACUUGUGUAUAAAUAGUUGCGAACCUUUUUCUAUUUUCGUUCACUCCAAAGAACAUUCUUAAAGUUGCUUAAAGAGAGAGAGAGAGGGGCGUCAAUGGCAGAAAAGCAGAGGAUAUGUGUUACUGGUUCAGGAGGAUAUAUCGCUUCGUGGCUCGUCAAGUCUCUUCUCUCCCGUGGCUACACUGUCCAUGGAACUGUUCGAGAUCCUAGUGAUCGAAAGAACGACCAUUUGAAGAAGUUAGAUGAUGCUUCAAAGAAUCUUAAGCUUUUCAAGGCAGAUUUGUUUGACUAUGAAGGUCUUUCUUCAGCCAUUUCUGGUUGUUAUGGUGUUUUCCAUAUUGCUGGUCCUGUGCCUUUUGAAGAUGUUCCUCUUACUGAGGAACAACUUAUUAAACCAGCUCUCACUGGCACCAAAAAUGUUCUAGAAGCGUGCACAGAAGCUAAAGUGAAGAAAGUUGUGGUUGUAUCAUCAAUUGCUGCUGUUGUUUACAACCCAAAGUGGCCUAGAGAUGUUGACGUGGACGAGAGCUGUUGGUCAGACACUCAAUACCUUUACUCACGUGAGGGUUAUUGGUCAUAUUACUUUCUUGCCAAAACCUUAAUGGAACGUGAAGCUAUAGAGUGGAGCAGAACAAGCUCAGCUGAUGUUGUUACGGUCUGUCCCUCGGUCGUCAUAGGCCCUAGGCUUCAGUCCACGCUUAACUCUAGUAGCUUGGGACUACUAAAUUUUAUAAAAGGCGGUGUAAUAUCCUUGUUGAGUGACCAACUCUACCUUGUGGAUGUGCGUGAUGUCGCUGAUGCGCUUUUGCUGGUGUAUGAAAAUCAAGAAGCAAAAGGAAGAUACAUAUGCAACUCUCAUUCACUUCACAACAAUGAUCUUAUGGAGAAGCUGAUGAAUAUGUAUCCUAAACGCAAAUUCCCCAAAAGUUUCAGUGAGAGAAAGGAAAAGCAAGUGAAUGAGAACAUACUUCGAAUAAGUUCAGAGAAGUUGGAGAAACUGGGGUGGAAGUUUAGGUCAUUAGAAGAAACCAUUGAUGACUCUGUUGUGAGCUUUGAAGCUACUGGUGAUCUUCCAAAGCAAUAAGCAUAGUGAAAGGAAGAGAGGCUUCAUCUUCUUCACUUCUUCACUUGUUCAGUUAUAUUUUACUCUUGAAAUAAAAAGUGAUUCCAUGAAAAUGCUUUUUUCACAUCCUCAAGUCUACUAUUUUCUCAGUUACAAAAAAAAAAAAAAAAAAAAGUCUACUAUUUUCUA